AUGGCCGACCAUCCCCAUAUGCUCAGUGAGCCCAUCGAAAUCGACUACGAGGCCUUGCCUGAAGACGCCAGCAUAGCCGCUCACCUCUCUGCUGGCGCUUUUGCUGGAAUUAUGGAGCACACGGUGAUGUUUCCUAUCGACUCCAUCAAAACGAGAAUGCAAAUGAUUGCCCUGGGCCAGCCGUUGAGCAAGUCGGUUAUUGGGUCUAUCUCCAAGAUUUCCUCAUCUGAGGGCGCCUACGCUUUGUGGAGAGGUGUCUCGUCGGUGGUGUUGGGCGCUGGCCCUGCUCAUGCUGUUUAUUUUUCAGUGUUCGAGGCCACCAAGACGAUGUUGGUGAACAGAUUAACGAAUUCCAGAAGCACCAAGAUUGUCACGGAUGAAUCACACCCCUUGAUUGCCUCCGGGGCUGGUAUUGCAGCCACAGUCGCCUCAGAUGCCUUGAUGACCCCCUUUGAUGUGUUGAAGCAGAGAAUGCAGCUUGGUACAUCCACAGCCGACUCGAAGCUCACCCAAUCCAAAUCAGCCAGACUAGUCAAAACAGCAGCCCAAAUUUACAGUAAAGAAGGCUUGUCGGCGUUUUUCAUCUCCUACCCUACCACCCUUUUCACCAACAUUCCCUUUGCAGCGUUGAACUUUGGUUUCUAUGAGUACUCAUCUAAGUUGUUAAACCCGGAGAACAAAUACAACCCAUACUACCAUUGUAUUUCCGGUGGUAUUGCCGGUGGUAUUGCUGCUGCUUUGACCAACCCAUUGGACUGUAUCAAGACGGCUUUACAGACUAGAGGUGUUUCGCAGAACGAGCUGUUGAGAACAAUCAAUGGGUUUGUCAGUGCCGCCAAGGCCUUGUACAAGCAAGGCGGUGCUGGUGCGUUCACCAGAGGACUCAAGCCCAGAAUCAUUUUCAACGUUCCUUCCACUGCCAUUUCAUGGACGGCUUACGAGAUGGCCAAGGAGGUGUUGUUGAGAGACUAG